CCGUCUGCCCCGGUGGGCGUGGGCCUGGGGUGCGGAAUGUCCUGCCAGGGUGUGAGGCGCUGCCGCUAGGCCUGCCAUCCCCGGGCUGUCCUCUGAGCAGCUCGGAAGGGCCGGGCUGCCAGGUGAGGCUCCGGAGAGCCUCGGCCCCGCCCCCAGCUGGCUCCACCCGGCUGGGCUCCAGGGUCCGGAUUCCCAGCGGCUGUGCGCGGGAGAUGCUGCCCCCACCCCCGUAGCCCGAGGCAUCGGAGCGAUGGGGCCCGAGGCCCGCUCGUCUCUCCUGCUGCUGUUGCUGCUCUCGGUGGCAGAUGGAGACUCUGACAUGAAGGGGCAUUUUGACCCUGCCAAGUGCCGCUACGCGCUGGGCAUGCAGGACCGCACUAUUCCGGAUAGCGACAUCUCCGUCUCCAGCUCCUGGUCGGACUCCACGGCCGCCCGCCACAGCAGGCUGGAGAGCAGCGACGGGGACGGGGCGUGGUGCCCCGCGGGGCCCGUGUUCCCCAAGGAGGAGGAGUACCUGCAGGUGGACCUCCGGCGCCUGCACCUGGUGGCUCUGGUGGGCACGCAGGGACGCCACGCUGGCGGCCUGGGCAAGGAGUUCUCCCGCAGCUACCGGCUGCGUUACUCCCGGGACGGCCACCGCUGGAUGGACUGGAAGGACCGCUGGGGUCAGGAGGUGAUCUCUGGCAAUGAUGACCCCGGGGGCGUGGUGCUGAAGGACCUUGGGCCCCCCAUGGUAGCCCGCCUGGUUCGCUUCUACCCCCGCGCGGACCGGAUCAUGAGCGUGUGUCUCCGGGUGGAGCUCUACGGCUGCCUCUGGAGGGAUGGGCUGUUGUCCUACACAGCCCCCGUGGGGCAGACCAUGUACUUACCUGAGGCCGUUCACCUCAACGACUCCACCUACGAUGGAUUCACCGUGGGCGGCCUGCAGUACGGCGGCCUGGGCCAGCUGGCGGAUGGCGUGGUGGGGCUGGACGACUUCAGGCAGAGCCAGGAGCUGCGGGUCUGGCCGGGAUACGACUAUGUGGGCUGGAGCAACCACAGCUUCCCCGCGGGCUUCGUGGAGAUGGAGUUCGAGUUCGACCAGCUGAGGGCCUUCAAGGCCAUGCAGGUGCACUGCAACAACAUGCACACGCUGGGGGCCCGCCUGCCCGGGGGCGUGGAGUGCCGGUUCAAGCGGGGCCCUGCCGCGGCCUGGGAGGGGGAGCCGGUGCGCCAUGCUCUGGGGGGCAGCCUGGGGGACCCCCGAGCCCGGGCUGUCUCUGUGCCCCUGGGCGGCCGUGUGGGUCGGUUUCUGCAGUGCCGCUUCCUCUUCGCCGGGCGCUGGCUCCUCUUCAGCGAAGUGUCCUUCAUCUCUGAUGUGGUGAAUGAGUCCUCGCCAGCGCAGGGGGGCACCUUCCCGCCAGCCCCCUGGGGGCCGCCCGGCCCAUCGCCCACCAACUUCAGCAGCUUGGAGCUGGAGCCGCGGGGCCAGCAACCCGUGGCCAAGGCGGAGGGGAGCCCGACCGCCAUCCUCAUCGGCUGCCUGGUGGCCAUCAUCCUGCUGCUGCUGCUGAUCAUCGCGCUCAUGCUCUGGCGGCUGCACUGGCGCAGGCUCCUCAGCAAGGCCGAGCGCCGGGUGCUGGAGGAGGAGCUGACCGUUCACCUCUCUGUUCCUGGGGACACCAUCCUCAUCAACAACCGCCCCGGCCCCCGGGAGCCGCCCCCCUACCAGGAGCCCCGGCCGCGCGGGAACCCGCCGCACUCCGCGCCCUGUGUCCCCAGCAGCUCUGCGCUGCUGCUCUCCAAUCCGGCCUACCGCCUCCUUCUGGCCACUUACGCCCGUCCCCCUCGAGGCCCGGGCCCCCCCACACCCGCCUGGGCCAAACCCACCAACACCCAGGCCUGCAGUGGGGACUAUAUGGAGCCCGAGAAGCCAGGCGCCCCGCUCCUGCCCCCGCCUCCCCACAGCAGCGUCCCGCACUAUGCCGAGGCUGACAUUGUCACCCUGCAGGGCGUCACCGGGGGCAACACCUACGCCGUGCCUGCGCUGCCCCCAGGGGUGGCCGGGGACGGGCCCCCCAGAGUGGACUUCCCUCGGUCGAGGCUCCGCUUCAAGGAGAAGCUUGGCGAGGGCCAGUUUGGGGAGGUGCACCUGUGUGAGGUAGAGGACCCUCAGGAUCUGGUCAGCCUGGACCUCCCCAUCAGCGUGCGCAAGGGACAGCCUUUGCUGGUGGCUGUCAAGAUCCUACGGCCAGAUGCCACCAAGAAUGCCAGGAACGACUUCCUGAAGGAGGUGAAGAUCAUGUCCCGUCUGAAGGACCCCAACAUCAUCCGGCUGCUGGGCGUGUGUGUGCAGGACGACCCCCUCUGCAUGAUCACCGAUUACAUGGAGAACGGCGACCUGAACCAGUUCCUCGGUGCCCACCAGCUGGAGGGCAAAGCGGCUGAGGGGGCCCCUGGGGACGGGGAGGCUGCGCAGGGGCCCACUAUCAGCUACCCCAUGCUGCUGCACGUGGCCGCGCAGAUCGCCUCGGGCAUGCGCUACCUCGCCACCCUCAACUUCGUGCACCGGGAUCUGGCCACACGGAACUGCCUGGUUGGGGAGAAUUUCACCAUCAAAAUUGCCGACUUUGGCAUGAGCCGGAAUCUCUAUGCCGGGGAUUACUACCGCGUGCAGGGCCGGGCGGUGCUGCCCAUCCGCUGGAUGGCCUGGGAGUGCAUCCUCAUGGGCAAGUUCACCACGGCGAGCGAUGUGUGGGCGUUCGGGGUGACCCUGUGGGAGGUGCUGAUGCUCUGCAGGGCCCAGCCCUUUGGGCAGCUCACGGAUGAGCAAGUCAUCGAGAAUGCCGGGGAGUUCUUCCGGGACCAGGGCCGGCAGGUGUACCUGUCCCGGCCACCCGCCUGCCCCCAGGGCCUGUACGAGCUGAUGCUGCAGUGCUGGAGCCGGGAGCCCGAGCAGCGGCCGCCCUUUGCCCAGCUGCACCGGUUCCUGGCAGAGGAUGCGCUCAACACAGUGUGACUUUCGAUAGCCAGCUGUCCCUCGAGAACUAAGGGAAGCCAGCGACACUAACAAGAGGGGCCAGCCCUGCCCCUCCCACAGCCCAUCUGAGAGCCAGUGAGACUGGGAGGCGCCCACCCUGGACGCAAGCUCACGUCCCCUUCCCGCUCCUGCUUCUGGCUCCUCCCUAGAAGCCCCUGCUGCCCACCCAGCUGGCCCUGUGGAUGGGAUCCUCUUGGACUUGCCCAGCCAUCCCUGAGGGGAAGGGGCAAGCGCAGGGCAGACACUGGACGUGGCCCACUGGAGCUCCGGGCCUCACUGGACGACACUGGCCCCUGGGGAGGUGGUGCUGCCCCGCCUCCCUCUUCCUGUCAUACACUGGACCCCGCUGGCUGGGAACUGGGGGGAGGAGGACACAAAAGGACAGAAGAUGCUCCCUGGUGCUUAUCCCUGGAAUUGGACACACUGGACCUGGGGGCGAUCGCUGCCCCAUCCUCCGAUCCUCGGGCUUCCCCACUUCCCACCUGCCGUGCUGUAGCUAGGACUUCCCUAAGCCUGUACAUUUCUGUGGAGUAAAUAUUGGGGUUAGGGGGAGAGAGGGAGCGGUGGCCUGUGGCCGUGGGGUUGGACAUCUGUAUCGUAGCUACCACAUUGGUUUUUCUGUAAUCACUUGGGGUUUGUACAUUUUUGGGGGGAGAGACACAGAUUUUUACACUAAUAUAUGGAUGUAGCUUGAGGCAAUUUUAAUCCCCUGCGGUAGGCAGGUAAUAAUAAAGGUUGAGUUUUCCACGGG